AUGGAGCUUUCAAGUACUGAACUAUUGAACCUGCAAGCCAGUCCAUCCGAGAUCGAGGAAUGGGUCGAACGGUUCGAGUUGUGGUACAGCAUUCGCAAAGCUGGUACACAGAAUCAGUCAGCCCUAUUUCUCACUGUUGACGGCCGUGAUCUGUAUUCGUUGCUAAAAAACCUGGCAUUUUCCGAGGUUCCCGCUAAACUGACAUACGAGUCCUUGAACUCGCUCCUGCUCAACCACCUGCUGCCUACUGAAUUCCAAGCCCACGAACGUGCUAAAUUCAGUUCCAUGAUUCGUGUUGACCACAUGUCUUGCCGUAAUUUCAUCCUGCAGCCAAACAGACAGGUAUCACGCUGA